GCCAGUUCAGCGAUUGGUGUAAACAGGGUGCCCAUCAUUCUCGUCACCGCCCUCUCAUAAUGCAGCAUGGGCGAAAAUACCACCAGACCGCGAAGCGACAUUUGAGGAACAUUCUGGACUUUUAUCAAUGAUUUGGAGCGUUACAAAGUGAUGUUCCAGCAAUGCCGAUCGUGGACAAACUCAAGGAGGCGCUGAAGCCCAGUCGAAAGGAGUCUGGCGACGACAGCGACCUGAACAAGCUCUUGGCGUCGUCGGCCAAAAAGGUGCUCCUGCAGAAGAUCGAGUUCGAGCCCGCCACCAAGGGCUUCUCCUACCAGCUGGACAGCUUGAAAAACAAAUACGUGAUCCUCAAUCCCAGGAAUGAGGGCGCCGCCGGGCAGAAGGUGGCCGAGCUCCCCCAAAUCAAGAGGCAAGUUUCAGACAACACCAUCGGGGGCCAGGGUGACGGCAUUGCCGCGCCGCAGAAAAUGCUUUUCCCGCCCAACAAGCUGACACUCAAGUGGGAGCGGGUGUACAGGGUGGGAGCCGGCCUCCAAAACCUCAGCAAUACCUGCUUCCUCAACUCCACCGUGCAGUGUCUCACCUACACGCCGCCGCUCGCCAACUACCUGCUCUCCAAGGAGCACAGUCGCGUCUGCCACCAGUCAGGCUUCUGUAUGAUCUGCGUCAUGCAGAACCACAUCAUCCAGACGUUUGCCAACACGGGCAACGCCAUCAAACCAGUGUCCUUCAUCCGAGACCUGAAAAAAAUCGCCCGACAUUUCCGCUUCGGUAACCAGGAGGACGCGCACGAGUUCCUGCGGUACACCAUUGACGCCAUGCAGAAAGCCUGUCUCAACGGCUACCCAAAGCUCGACAGGCAAACGCAAGCCACAACGCUAGUGCACCAGAUCUUUGGAGGUUAUCUGCGGUCAAGAGUAAAAUGUUCCAUUUGUAAAAGUGUGUCGGACACUUACGACCCUUACCUGGACAUCGCUGUGGAGAUACGGCAAGCUGUGAACAUUGUGCGAGCCUUGGAACUCUUUGUAAAACCUGAUGUUUUGAAUGGCGAAAACGCCUACAUGUGCGCCAAGUGCAAAAAGAAAGUGCCAGCGACAAAACGGUUCACCGUCCAUCGAGCGUCAAAUGUGCUGACGCUUUCCCUCAAGAGAUUCGCCAACUUCAGUGGAGGGAAAAUAACAAAGGACGUUGGCUAUCCCGAGUUCCUCAACAUUCGGCCCUACAUGUCUCAGAGCUCGGGCGAUCCGGUUACAUAUGGUCUCUAUGCUGUUCUGGUUCACUCGGGCUACAGCUGCCACGCCGGACACUAUUACUGCUACGUCAAGGCAAGCAAUGGACUAUGGUACCAGAUGAAUGACUCCAUAGUGCACUCCAGUAACAUCAAGGUGGUCUUGAACCAGCAGGCUUACGUGCUUUUCUACUUGAGGAUGCCCGAAACCAAGAAGAAUGCGGAUGCUCACACUAGCAAACAGGGCAUGAUGAAUUCUGGGAAGAACAGCGCUUCGUCAGAGCAAAUCAAGCGGGUCAACUUGAACGGGCCGCUCUCCUCCCCGCAGGUCACAAAGAAACUGGAGCCGGCACAGCUGCGUAAGAUCCAGUCCAUGGACGGCGGUUUGGGCCUUCCGGUUGCCAGAAACGGCGUGAGCAUUCAGCCACCUCCGCCGCAGCCCCGACUCUCGGGCUGGACGUUGUCCACGAACGGCGGCGCCAAGCUUCCCGGCGGACCCGCGGUGAUCGAGGAACCCUUCAAAAAGCUGAAGAAACCAUCUCCUCAGAACCAGUCGCGCUGCGUUACGCCCACGCCGGCCAACAAUGGCGUCGGAGACAGAAAACAAGAUGGCAACAAAGGCCUCACUCCAUCUACCUCAUUCAAGUCCCUCUCUGACUCUUCGUCCGCUGACACUUCGGAGUCGAAGGAUACGGCAGGUCCUAAAAGCGCGCCGGCGGGAGGGGCUCCCCCUAGCCCUUGCAAAACCUCCAGCAGAACGGCGUCUCCAGCUAAGAGCGUGGAAGAACAGAAGCCGAAGCCCCCGACCCUCAGCAACGUUGCGUCGGAAGCCAGCGGCAGUGCCAUGUCGCCGCCCCCCGCCAAGAAGCUAGCGCUGUCAGCCAAGAAGGCUCGCAGCCGGAGUCCGAGCAGCAUUGAUACUCCGCAACGACCGUCCGGCGACCCCCCUCAUCCAAAUCACCUUAACCACCUCGCCGUCUCGCCUAACACUCACAGAGCUUCACCCCAUUCCCCGAAAAAGGACUCACCUCAGAAACGAUCGCUUCCGGCCACGCCGCCCGUCAGCCCCUCUCUGAACGGCUUCCACCGUCCCGAGCUCAAGAACCCCGAGUCCUCCCGCCGACCCCGAGAAGAAUCCAGCAGCCCUCAGACUCCAAACCUCAACCAAAAGAAAAAGCGGAGAAAGAAGCGUCCCGGCUCCGAGGCGGACGUCCCGGCAGCCGAUGUGCGGAAGAAAAAGAAAAGGCGAAAGAGGGAGCGAGAAGACGGAGAGACGCCCGCGCCGAGAGAAAGCGUCCCGUCCCAUCUGGAUCCGUCCCAGCACGAAGAGGAGGAUUGGUGCCAGGGCGGCGCGUGGAGCCUCACCUCUUGUACAGAAACCGAGGAAUCCCACCGCAAAGAAAAUGCCGCCGUGGAGGAAACGUGUCCAACCAACGGGAACCUGCGUGUAAAGAAGAGCAAGAAGAAGAAGAAGAAGAAAAAGAAGAUUGUGAUGACUGGAGAUUCGCAAGACCUAAACUCGCAAUGUGUUGGAUCAGAGAGCAUUAGCAAGACCGAUUCCGAUCCGAGCGGCGAUCUCAAGCUCACAAGGAAAGUGAAGAAGAAGAAGAAAAAGAAAAGGCUGAAAGAAGAGGUGGAAGACGAGCGUCAAUCGCUCUCGGACGGGCGUAUCGGUGACGUGGCGGAACCCCCACCCAAAAAGAUCACUGCAGGGGGUGAAAAGCCAUUGAUGCCGAGCGAAGCCUCGGUGGUGGUUUGGGACAGCCAGGUGAAGGACGGUUAUAAGCGUCGUAGGCUGGCGGAGGGUGACUUGUCUGGAGAAGCCCCCGCCCGGGUGUGCUGGGAUGGCAAAAAAAGCAGCGACGUGGUGCAGGCGCUGCUCCAGAACGCCUCAGACAAAGCAUACGGCGCCACCGUCCUUAGUUGGGACGGCGAGGUCUCCGCCGUCAGUCAAGACGCCAUCCGCGACGUCCGCCGCGCCGGGUCCGAAACUGUGAUCGACGAGUGGGACGAAGAAUUCGACACCGGCAAGGUCAAGAAAACAAAGAGCUUCAAGAGGGAGAGGCGGCGAAGCGGCAGCAGCAUCUUCCAGAAGAUCCAAGACCGCCGCAACAAGUGGUCCUUCACGCUCGGCGCAAAGCGAGCGUUGGCCGGGCGCCGCUGACACUUUGGGACUGGAAAUGAAGACGACGCCAAAAAAAACAACUUUUCCACGUUGUUCUCAGUUAUGCUUUGGGGAGUGAUGGACCACCGGUUUGUAUCUCUUGCUACAGGCGUCAUUCUUUUUCUUUAAUGCUGUUUUGUUGCAUUUUCAACACCGUUGUGCCACUGGAGCUCUUUUCGAAAAUGAUUUCUGGUUCAGUUUGUUAUAGUUCUGAUGUUUAUGUUGGACCUUAAUAUGGAGGUCCAGAAUUGUAAAUUGUGGAGGGGUUGACGUGUUGCCACAGUUUCAAUGACAUUCCCACAAAAUCCAAAUUUGGGGCCAUGGAUGAGUAGGCAAAUGGAACACACUUACCAAUAGAUAAGAAAGGCUCCGAUUCAAAAUGAAUAUGCGGUAUUUUCUGGACUAUAAGUUGCACUUUUUCUUCAUAAUUUCGCUGGGCCUGCAACUUAUACGUAGGUGCAGCUUGUUUUUUGUGUUGUUUAGGCUUUAGUUAUCCUAAAAACUUAAUGUUACGUUAAAAGAGGCCUAUUUAGCCUAUUCUACAUUUUAUCAUUACUUCUGCACUAGCGUUAAAAAGUUUGGGGUCACCCAGAAAAUGUUGUUUUUCCAUGAAAAGUCAAUUAAGUUGCAAAAUGAAUAGAAAAUAUGGUCAAGUAAUGGUUAGAAAUAAUCGUUUUAUUUCAAAUAUGUGCUUCUUAAAAUUUGAAUUUCCGCACAGUGCUGCAUUUAUAACAAUUACAGCAUUGCAGACUUUAGGCGUUUUAGAUGUUAAUUUGUUGAGGUUGUCCGGAGUAAUUUCCAGCCCAAAUAGUUCUUGCAUAACUAGCAUAACUUGUUGGUGUCUUGAAUAUAUUUUGUAUUUUGUGUGCAACUCAUUUGUGAAAUAAGAAUGACUUUUCAUUAAGGACACAAAAUUACCUUGGUGACCCCAAACUUUUGAAAUGUAGUGUAUCAUGUUCUUAGUUUCUGAUUAUUUUUUUAAAUUACCCCCCCCCCCCCCCAUGCAACCUAAAUGCCAGUGUGACAUAUAAUAUAUAUAUUAUAUGUAUGUAUAUAUAGAUACACACACACACACGUCUUUAUGUACAUGUAUGCAAUGUAUAAAUACACAUGUCUAUGUGUAUGUAUGUAUAUAUAUAUAUAUAUGUAUUCAUAUACUGUUUAUGUAAAUAUGUAUGUAUAUACUGUAUAUAUGUGUACACGUGUGUGUAUAUGUAUCACACGUGUGUAUACACGCAUAUGUAUGUAUGUAUCACGUGUGUAUACACGCAUAUGUAUGUAUGUGCAGUAUGUAUGUAUGUAUCACGCAUGUGUAUACACGCAUAUGUAUGUACAGUAUGUAUGUAUGUAAUGUAUGUAACACGCAUGUGUAUACACGCGUAUGUAUCGCGUGUGUAUACACGCAUAUGUAUGUAUGUAUCACGCGUGUGUAUACACGCAUAUGUAUGUAUGUAUGUAUCACGCGUGUGUAUACACGCAUAUGUAUGUAUGUAUCACGCGCGUGUAUACACGCAUAUGUAUGUAUCACGCGCGUGUAUACACGCGUAUGUAUGUAUCACGCGCGCAUACACGCGUAUA